AUGCUUUCGCUUAAACAACUCUUAACUUACGCGACAAAGAGACCUUUGAUCAGAAAUUCACAAAAAUCAACACCAAUUAUUUAUAGAAAUAUUGUUCCUUCGAGAUCAAUAUCUUGUAGGAUUCCAGCUAAUUUUUUGGUUUCUCCACAAAGAAGUAUAAUUCAGAGCCAGUUUUUCUCUUGUACUGCAGUAAAUAAACAUAAAGAAAUCACACCGUUAAAAGAGGGUGAAGGUUUCAAAAUCAACAUAAUCACCCGUGAAGGUGACAACCACACAAUACAAGCCAAUGAAGGCGACAGUAUAAUGGAUAUUACGAUGGCACACGACAUAGAUCUCGAAUGCGCGUGUGAGGGGUCAUUGGCGUGUUCGACGUGUCAUGUAAUUGUAGAUCCAAAGUAUUAUGAGAAAUUGGAGGAACCGACGGAUGAAGAAAAUGAUAUGUUGGAUCUUGCGUUUGGGUUGACUGAGACAUCGCGAUUGGGAUGUCAAAUUGUUAUGAAACCAGAGUUGGAUGGGAUAACUGUUACUAUUCCAUCUGCAACGAGGAAUGUUCGCCUUGAAGGGUCAAAAUUAUCAUAG